AUGAAACCUCAACAAGGACAUAUCAUCGUCCAAGCCAAAACUGUUUGUUUACAAAUGGGAGAUUAUAACAACUUUCAUUUUGAUGUCGUUGACCUCGGUAUGUCCGAUGAUGUUUCCGAACUGCUCACGAAAGUAUCCGACGAUGAUGAAUUGGUUAUUCGUGUCUUACGGAGAUAUGGUGAACCUGAAGAAUUUAUCUUGAAAAGAAAUGCAAGCGUGAUUUGUCCAUCGAUUAACAUUUGUGCAGACUUUUUCAGGAUUAUUCCACCAUCAGAUGAAAAGCCUAAUACAGACUCUUCCUUUGGGAUUACAGUUGACUCUCAAAUCCACACCAGCGAUGCUCAGAUCGGAGACUGGAAUAAAGCUAUUAUUAACCCCCGAGAGGGAUUUUGCGAUGUGUUUGACAGUACUCGGCCAAUCCUUCGUGUGCUACGGUCGCCUCCGAAGUUUGUUUCAGUUUCUCUUAAUAUAAAAGAUUUUCCAAACUUCAAGAGGGAUCAUCGGGUAGUGCUUAAAAUUUGCAAGAAUCGCAUUGAUGGCCGAGCUUUGGAAUACUGCUUUGAGGAUAAAAUAAAGAGGCAACAGGGAAUAAUCUUUUGUAAAAGCUUACGUGGCUUAUCUUUGGCCGGAUCGAAGAAAAUGAAAGGUUUCUAUGAUGUUGACGUGACGGUAACAGAAAGAAGUCAAAAUGAGAAAAUGGAAGUCAAAGAAGGAGUGAUGUCAAACGCGAUGCUAGUUUCGAAAAUCUUCGAGGCUUAG